AUGGAAGCAUGGUCCGACCCCAAGUCUCCAAUGUGGAUUAGUUUUUCAAACGUAGUUGGACUAUCGAUAAUUGGCUUGGGAACGAUUAAUGGUGGUGGUUCGCCCUUUUGGGAGGCAUUACAUAUUAACAAAUGUGAUAACCUCAAGAUAAACGGGAUAACCUCGAUCGAUAGUCCAAGACACCAUAUAUCAAUCAAUUCAUGCAAUGGUGCUGCAAUAUCGCAAAUAAAUCUCUUUGCACCCGAGGACAGUCCCAACACCGAUGGGAUUGAUCUAAGGGACGAUUGCAUAGCAAUCAACACAGGAAGUAUCAAUAUCAACAUCACAAAUAUUAACUGUGGACCUGGUCAUGGAAUAAGUGUGGGAAGCCUAGGAGCUAAUGGAGAAACAGCGACAGUUAGUAAUGUUCAAGUGACUCACUGCACUUUCAAUCAGACGUUGAAUGGAGCUAGGAUCAAGACAUGGCCGGGUGGACAAGGAUAUGCAAGAAACAUAAGUUUUGAGGACAUCACACUCAUAAACUCAAAAAAUCCAAUUGUAAUCGACCAGAAUUAUAGAGACAAAGGACUUCUUGAUGGCACAGAGGAAUCAGCAGUGGCGAUUAGCAGUAUAAAAUUUAUCGGUUUUAAUGGAACAACGUCAAGCAAAAAUGCUAUAGCGCUUAAUUGUAGUGAAAUUACACGAUGCACAGACGUCAUCAUGGACGGAAUCGAUAUUUCUACUUCUACGGGGAAUGGAGAAAAACCCACAGUUGAAUGUCAAUAUGUUGAUGGAACGUCUAGCGAUCUUAAUUUGAUGCAGGAGUGUUUCCAAAAUAGCACGAUUGCUUAA